AUGCUUAAUUUUUGUUACAGACUAAAUGGAAACCUUAAGGAUUUGGAUCCGUCGUUGUUCGACUCCGAUCAGGGUCCGACCGAGGAGUACGAGAAUCUCAGGAGACGAAUCUACUCCAAUACUAAAGAAAUAUGGUAUUACAUAAAUCAUGAGUUGGGCAAACUUAUGACGGAAGAUAUCAAGGUCGAGAAGAUACAAGCGAUUUUAGAUCAAGUUGCUGACAGAAAAAGAUCGCUGCUGUCAGACCAGCAGAAACUUCCAGAACUGGACGGUUAUCACGAAUGGCGGCAAAAUGAGGCAGCUAACGUGAGCGACCUAAUACAGAGGAGGCUAAAGUAUCUGCAAAACCCACCCGACUGCAGAGAGGCGAGGAAAGUUAUAUGCAACUUGAAUAAGGGCUGCGGUUUCGGCUGCCAAUUGCACCACAUUGUGUAUUGCCUAAUAUUCGCUUACGCAACCGAGCGAACGUUAAUAUUGAAUUCCAAAGGCUGGAGGUACAACACUAAAGGAUGGGACUAUGUUUUUGAACCUAUCUCGGACAGUUGCACAACGGCGUACGAUGACAAAGUGAUGCCGUGGCCAGUAAGAUACGACGCGAAAGUAGUCUCACUUCCCUUUAUUGACUCCAUAUCGCAGAAGCCAAAGUUCCUGCCCCUGGCGAUACCGAAGGACCUUGCGCAUAGAAUAGUCCGAUUCAAUGGUGACCCGGCGUCGUGGUGGAUCGGACAGAUGCUGAAGUACAUCCUCAAGCCAAGGUCGAGUAUGCAGAAGGCUAUCAACGAAACCAUCGCCAAGAUGAACUUUAAGAGUCCUAUUGUUGGAGUACACAUCCGGCGAACGGACAAAGUGGGAACAGAAGCCGCUUUCCAUCACAUACACGAGUACAUGACGCAUGUAAAGGACUACUACGAUCAGCUGGAACUGACCAGGGUCGUUGACGUUAGAAGGGUUUAUUUGGCGACUGAUGACGCUAAUGUGCUGGAGGACGCGCGCAAGAAGUACCCGCAGUACGAGGUGGUGGGCGACGCCGGCAUCGCGCGCACGGCCGCCACGCACCGCCGCUACACGCCGCAGUCGCUGGCCGGCCUGCUGCUCGACCUGCGCAUGCUGUCCGCCUGCGACCACCUCGUCUGCACCUUCAGCAGCCAGGUGGGACGGGUUGCAUACGAGAUAAUGCAGACGAAUCGUGUGGAUGCGUCCGAGAGUUUCUUCUCGUUGGACGACAUCUAUUACUUCGGCGGUCAGAACGCUCACGAUCGCCGAGCUAUUAUGUCGCACAAUGCUCAAGGAAAGGAGGAUAUCUCUUUCCAGGUUGGAGAUUUAAUAGGCGUGGCUGGUAACCACUGGAACGGUUACGGCAGAGGCACAAACAAGAGAACAAAUUUGAAUGGUCUCAUUCCGUGGUAUAAAACCGCUGACCAUCUCGUCCUGUACCCGUUCCCGGAGUACAAACAAGUGCCACAGUACAGCGAUACGAGGCAGAAGGAUUUAUAA